UUUUUCAAAAUUAAAUAUAUAUUUUUGAUGAUUUUCUAUAUAAGAAUAUAAGUUUAAGUACAUUUAUUUGGAAUCUCGAAUCAAAUUGUACCAAACUGAAAAAAAAAAUAAAAUUUGAAUUGAAUUUCAUAAAUAACCGAGAAUAUCAUAUUUUUCUAGAACCUAAAAUUAAAACUGAACCAAAAACUAAAUGGGUACCUAAAUAUUUAAAGUACAAAUUAUAUUUUUACAAAUAUUAAUGAUGAUGACUAAUAGUGCAUGUACAUUUAAUUGGUGAGAAGAAAGCAUUAUAUUUUCUAAAUUAUUAAACUCUUUUAGUGGAGUACAUAUGUGAUCUAUAAACAAAUUAAGAUAUAAACAUUUUUUUUAUAUCCGAUCUAAACUUGUGAUGGAACUGGUAAACAUGGUGGCCGUAUAUAAUCCAUACUGGCUUAUAUUUGUCAUAUAACAUUCUUUCAGAUUUUUUUACAAACUCAUCUGUUUUCACAAACUUCGUAUUUAGUAAAAACUUAUUAAUUAAAAAUCUAAUAAAACCAAAAAAAUCUGUUAUUAACCCGUGGUCCGAUACCGACUGACUCGGGAAAACCAUAAUUGUUUUUAAUACUUAUUUAUUAUUUCAUCAAUACCUUAUAAUAGUACAUAAAACUAAAUAAACUAUUUUUUGUCAUAUAAAUAAAUUCAUUGUAUUUAUAUUAUGCAUUUUAAUUUAUAGGUUUUGUAAUGAUCAACACUAUUACAAUUUAAAUGUAUAUAUUUUAUUUUUUAGAAGCAUACAACUGGUUCACACCUAUUAAUAAAAUUAAAAUUAAGAUUGAUAGAAUGAGAAUUUUUUAAUAUAUCAUGAAUCCAAAGAAUUAAAUUAAUAGGUAUGAAGUCUUUAUACCAAAAACCAAAAUACAAAAUUUUAAUCAAUGAGAAUUAAAUUUUGUUUGUUAAUUUAAGAAAAUUUUGGAAAAUAGUCAUUUUCAUUAAAAGAGAAAAAAAAUAUCAAUGAUUCUGUCUUAAUAGUAUAGGUAUUCUUAUUUAACUUAGAUUGUUGUAGUUGUUAGUAUAUUUAAGUGUCAUUAGAUUUGGUAAUCGUAGUUGAUGGGAUAAAUAUGAUCGAUCUUGUUUAAUAUAGUAUUCUCGUAUAGGGGUUUUAAUUUUUUGACUUCUUCAUCACAAUGAUUGUGAUCCCAGCAUGUUAGGGGUUUUAAUUUUUUAUGGUAACAUAAAAAGAUAAAUAUGCAUAGUUAAUUAUUAAUUGCGUAUAGUUAAAGUAAUUAAUUGUAGGACUAAAAAUAUAAUAAAUUGUUAUAGAUAUGUCCAACAACCUUUUAUAAGUAGAUUUUUAAAGAAUACUUCCCUUUUAAUAGUAUAGACUAGAGAUUGACAUGGCUAUUUUUAGUAUAAAUAUCUGAACCGAACAAUUCCACACUCACAAUAGAUCAACUCAAAACCCACACAUAAUAUUCAAAUGGAAUUUAAUUUUAAAACAAAAAAAAACAAUACACCUAAAUGGAUAGCCAAUGUUCAUGCGUAAUUGAUUUUAGUAAAAAGAACUUUUUCUAUGUGUUCAGAUAAAUUAAGUGAAAUAGAAAUAAAUUUUUUAUUUAGUAAAAUAAUUAUAUGGAGUGAAAAAUUAAGUGACAAUAAUAUAUUUUUAUUUUUAUUAAUUUAAUUUAAUUUAAUUUAUUAUUUUAUUUGCAAAAACAUGUUUUUGAAUUACGUUUUUUGGCAACAUAAUUUUCUACCGAUUGAAACUAAAAUAAAACAAACUAAAUGGAAUGUUUAACCAUAUGCAAAGCCCAGUUGUUUUACAUUUUUGAUUAUAUAAUUGGUACAAAGUUAAUGUUGAUUAACUAAUAAAUAAAAAUCUGCACUAUUAUUAUUACGGUAAUAUAAUUAAUUAUGUGAUGUAUUGUUAAGUUAAUAUAAUUAAUGAAAUUGUUAAACUUAGUAAAAUAUGAAAAAACAAUUAAUGUAAUUAUAUUAAUGAAAUUACUAAAAUGACGAUUAUAUUAAUUAAAUUACUAAAAAUAUAUUAUAUUUAUUAUUUAUAAAGAUAUCUAUUUUUCCAAACAAUAUCUAAAGCUAUUCAGUUUUAAUAAUAUCGAUAAAUAUGUUUAAGGUAAGGUUGUUAAACUAAGCUUGAAGCCCGCAUGACUCGACUCAGUCACCACCGAUUUUCCUUUAUGUUCUCUAGACAACUUACCCCCGACGACAUGACGAGAUUCCUGAGAUCUACGACUACAAAGCUAGAGAGAGAAGCAGAGUAAAAUAGAGAGAGAAUACCUGAGUCGGAUGAAGAAUGAGAAAAAUGAGAGACGAGAGGGGUAUUUAUAAGGAAGGAGCAACGCAUCCCCUCGAGGCAUCAUCAGUAGGCAUAAACGGGCCUAGAUGGGCCCAUUAAGGCGCGUGGAUGCCAACAUCAUCUCGCGAUGCUCCGACUUCUCUAGGCAAACCGGAACCGGUUUAGACCAAGACCGACGGAUACGCCCAAGACCAAAGAAAACCAUCGGUUCAUUCAAACCGAUAAACUUCGAAGACUCAAUAAGAAACAGCAUGCAGCGACCAGUCACAAGAAGAUGUGCGGCACAUCCGAACGAAGGAAUGAGCGAGAUCACGAGUUCAGAACAUUCAUCCUUAAGACCUUACUUCCAAAUUUGCUGACUCAACUACACUACUCACCAGUGAACUGGAGGGACUUACUGUUGGGUAUGAGCCUGACCCUUUUGACCCACAAGAUAAUUGUCAUGACCCAUAACCAUGUAAGGUAGACUCGGCUUGCUGGCUUUUAAGCCGCCGUCUCGACUCGACUCGAGACUACUUUUAGUCGAUCAGAUGGGCGAGCGAAAGCAAUCGGCUUGACGACUCAAAGUAAAGGCCGACAGCUCGGCCCAAUCAACGAAAGGCCCAUUAAGUCAAGACGAGUAGGUUAACGAGCGACCGCCUAUAAAAGGCGAGAGAGGGGUGUCGAGGAAGGGAUCGACAAAUCACCACACACUUACUUUCGGCCAAAAACUAGGGUUUAGAUCUUAUUCUCGCCGACUUGUAUCUCCCGGUGAACUAGCUUUCGCUGGUUUACUUUUUACCGUGUCUUUCCCUUUUUGUAUCACAAUCAAACGAUUCGUUGAUCUAAUAAAACGUGUUUGUCUCGAUCCACCGACGAAAACCCGUUCCCUUUCUUUACUAGUUUGUCGAUAGUACUCGGUUCAAACAACGGUGAGCAUGUAGUUUUCUAUAUUUUUCUUCUUGUCCUCUGUUUAUUAUAUUCCAGUUUAUUUUUUCUAUAUAUAUUCUGACAUUUAAUAUGUUAUUCUCUUCCAGUGCAGAUGAGUGGUUGGAACAAAGAACAAAGAGCGAGGGAGGCCAUGAGAGCUUCAGUCUUCAAGUGUCGCUUCCUUGUCAUAGUCUUGUGUCUGCUGUCUUUUUGUUCCUUCGUUGGCAACGUUACAAAUCAGUGAGUUGCUCCUCCUUCCCUUUCUACUCUUUACGCUUAGCAUUGCUCUAUAUCAUUAGUUUAACAUUAAUAUCUGCCCCCUUUUUGACCAGGGAACCAUACAUGGUGUUUCAUGUUAAUAGCGAUGGAAAAUAUUUCAUAACGCAUCCGUGGAAGCUGCUCGAGAUAGCAAGUUGGGAUAUCGCUAAGUUUGUGGUUGCUCCUUUCUGUCUGGUUGGUCUUGUAUUCCAGAUGUGGACUUUUUCAAAUCAGACUCAAGGUCUCCAACAAGAUCAAGGAAACUUAAAACCUGAUGAGAAGAUGGUGAAAAAUCCGCCAAAAAAGAAAAAAAACAAAAAAUCUUCAUCAAAAAAGAAAGAGGGAAAUUUGCAAUACCAACAUGUUGGGGAGACAGAGAUUGAAGCUGAUCAGGAAAAUGAUAUCGACAUUAGAUAUGGUGAUCAGUCUAUUUACGAACCACAACCACAGUCACAUCAACCUACAGAAAACUUAGAGCUCGAACUAAAGUCAAUAGUGAGGGACAAAAGUAGUAUAAACAAUUUGACUAAAUUACUGGCUGUGGGAGCUGACGGCAUUGAGGUCUUUGAGGAUACACGUGAUCAACGUCUCGUGGCCGUGAAAAGAAUCAUUUACUCCGAUGAAGCGCUUGCAAUUGCGUAUAAUGAAAGGCAAAACCACUAUAACACUGAAAAUCAUUCGAACCAAAUUCUCCGGCACUAUGGUCUCGAUUUCACUGAUUCUUACAUUUAUGUCUAUUUACAACCCUGGAUGUGCACUAUAGGUGACUUGAUUAGAUUCUGUUCAAGCAAAGGAAGUGACACACGAUAUCUCACUCAGAACCAAAUAUGUCUUUUGGAGAAAUUUAUUAAAAAAAAUAAGUGUUGGGAAGCCACUGGUCGUCCUUCCAGUCUCCUUGUUAGUCUGAUAAAAAAUAUAGUUUCGGGUGUUGCCGAACUGCAUCGUUCAAAUAUUAUUCAUCGAGAUAUAAAUCUGGAAAGCUUUUUUAUAAUGGCUACUGAGGAUGAGGAUUUUAUUGCAAAGCUUGGGGAUUUGAGCAUGGGCAAGCUUCUCGGGGACAGUGGGUACUUCGGGGAACAAAAACGGAAAGCACCGGAGCAGAUACAGAGGAAGAAUCAAUUCGAAGGUUUGACAAACGAUGUCUAUUUCCUUGGAUGUGUCUUUGGUUUUUCGAUCUCUCAGGGUAACCCUGUAUUUGAAGAUGUAUGUGAAGAUGAUAUCAUUUUUAAACAAAAAGCAAAGAAUAUAUUGAAAAACUUCCCCGAAGGUUACCAAAUUUUCAAGAAUUUGACUAGAACCCCCCAUGCAAAGCGGUAAUGUUAUUUAUUUAUUCAUUCGUUAAUAUUAUUAUUUUAAUUGAUUUCACAAAUUAACCAAUCUCCUUGCAUAUUUUCAGUAUUACUGCAAAACGAGCACCAUGUUAUUUAUUUAUUCUUUCGUUAAUAUUAUUAUUUUAAUUGAUUUCACAAAUUAACCAAUCUCCUUGAUUAUUUUCAGUAUUACUGCAAAAAGAGCACUGGCCGAACCAUUUUUUUGGACAUGUGUGAUGAAGGUGCACUUCUAUUCGGUUGCUAGUCGUUGCUUUGUCGGUUCUAAAGAGCAGGAUGUAUGGAAUUCACUACAAAAAAGUGCAGGAAUAGUUCUGGAGAAUGACAAAUGUUGGGAUACGAGACUAGAAGAUGCUUUUAGAAUCAAAAUAGCCAAAGAGGGUUACCGUUGUGAUCGACUUGCCGAUUUGGUAAGACUUGUGAGAAAUACUCUUUGGCAUUACGGCGGAGAAGAGAAUGAAGAUGUUGAGGUUUGUAUUUUUACACAUAUUUACUAGCUAUUUUGUAUUUCAUAACACUUCAUAUUCCAAACACAUAGUGUAUUAACUAUUUUGUACAUGUAUUUGAUGUUUUAGCAUAUCGUGGGAACUUCUCAAGAAUCAAUACUCGAGUAUUUCGAUAGAAAGUUUCCGCAACUGCUGGUGCAAGUGUACUAUAUAGCUUUUGAUCACUACCGGACACAUAAGGAUUUAAGAACAUACUUUGAGUGACAAAGGUUGGUGAUUUAAUUAUUUUAAUCUUUUGCUGAUAAAUGUAAUAUCUCACUGUAUAUAUAUAUAUUUUAUUUUUUUUUAAUUUGUUGACAGACACUCCAUAACUAGGCUUUGGGAGAUGACUCACGACAUCUGUCAUUUGGCUUCUCCAUUAUUGGAUUAAAACUACUUAUGUUUUUUUUUGCUUCAAAUAAUUGUCGGUUAAGUUCUCUAUUGAUUCGGUUCAAAGUUAUCAAGUUUAAAGCCUUAUGAAUUUUAUAAAUAAAUGUUAAAGGAUUUGUGAGAUACAUACAUAUUAUAUUGAACAAUACUAAACUUAACAACUUGCAUGCUUUCUUUAAUGGUCAUACCCCUUUUGUUGGUCUCUCACUAUAUCCCUUUUCUCAUCUCCGAAACUGAUCCAGUAAAGCGGCCUCCUAUCUCACAAUGGUUUGAUAGGCUCUUUCAAGUUUGUUGUUGUUCAAUAUCAAACGCCAAACAACUACUAUUUCAUUUUAUAUAAUAUUCAAAUAGAGGAGCUGCCAAAUUGGGAUAAGUCGGAAGCUAAAUAUAAAUCCCAUUUGUUCACAAGGUCAAUUAACCCUUUUCUUAAUUAUUAUGUUUUGUUUGAUUGACCUCAUCACCAUAUUGUAAGUAUUAUAUUAUCUACUUUAAGAUUACAAAAGAAGAUACAUACGUGUGAGAGAAAAAGAUGAAGCAAGUAUAAGAUAUAAUCUAAUUAGGAUAAUAUUUGUUUUCUUGAGGAAGACAUAGAUGGAUUCGUCGUUUGUAAAGAACAACAGAUAUACGAGAGAGGAGAAGACUCAUUGUCUCUUUAAUGGUUUUUUAUCUUUCCCUGUAAUGGUCCUCAAUGUAAGGUUACUACACUUAUUUCCUCCCCCUUGCAAUCUAUUUGUGUUAUCUGUGUAAGCUUUGUUGAAGGUGUUGUCUUUGCUGAGUAGAUGAUUGAAGCUUUUCAAGAACGCUGUUUUGGACCUACAUUUGAACUCAAGUCACAUGACAAGUACUCUCUCUGAGAUAUGGGAUCCGUUUAUGAGACCAGAAGGUGGUGGAAGUGCAGAAUGCAGAUGAUGUUAUAUCUAGACUUGCUACUGCUAUGGAAUCCAUGGAAGUUGAAUAUCAAGGCUGUGCAAUUCUGGUGGUGAGUCAUGGAGAUCCUCUUCAGAUGUUACAUAACAUUCUCCAUUCAGCUAAGCAACACAGAGGAGGUUUUCGUUUUAGCAGUGAGGUUUCAGAUGAGCAGAGUUGCUUCCGUCUUGUCUCAGCACCGCAAGUUUGCUUUGCAACACGUAGCUUGAUCUUUGGCAUUAGUUAGAAAGACAU